UGUUUUGCACAAAUAUUGAAGAAUUUUCUUGGAUAAUGAUUGCUAAAAAAUUCCCUUUUUAGACAAGGAAUUCUACGCUGCAAGGUUAUUUUAAAGACUUAGUUUGAUUCCUAAGCCUUUCUGAGGUCGUUUGAAAUUGAACUUAUCAAAUAUGAGGCAAAAUUGUUCAAAGUAAUAAGUAGUUCGAGUGAAAAUGUCUUCAUUGUACAACGUUGAUUGUCAACGAGAAGAAAAUUCUAGUCCUGAUCAAAGGAAUAAUUCAAAAGAAGAAGCUUUAUCUAGUACUAAUGGACAGGAGACAGUUAUAUCUAAUGAAGAGCUUGCAGAUUGUGCUACUUUGAAAGAAGAUGUUGAUAAAGACAUACUCCCAGAGAAAGCUCCUUUACCUGAUGUGGAACAAACAGUUGUUGAAUUAGUGUCUAAAGUUGAUGCAAUUGUUGCUUAUGAAAAAGAAAAAUUGAAAAGUAAAGACAUUGGAAUACUUGAAAGCUCUUUGAAAAAUAGUGACACUGAAAAAAGCAAUGAAAAUGAGAUGGUUGGAACUACAGAAAGAAGUGAUACAGGAGUGUUGUCUGAUGUACUUGGAAUUGUUGAAGAAAUCCUCGUAAAGGUUAAUGAAAAUGUAGAUAAACAAUGUGAACAAUCAAGCAUUUCUAUGGAAUGCAUUGAUGGUAAUCAAAAUAAGCAUGGUGAAAAAAGAAGUUAUUCGGAGGUAAUAGAGGAUGAUGUAAUGACUGAUGUGCCGAUAUUAGAUGCAGCAAAGGAUAGCUUAUACAUUAUGAGUUUAGUCGAAGCAGAACUUGAAGCAGUUGGCCAAGGAAUUGAAGUGAAUAACAACAGAAAAGAUAAACCAAGACUUGUGGAUUAUGAUGAUGACGAUGAUGAUGAUGAUUCUAAUGAAUCUAGUGAUGACGAAUCAUCUGAUACAGAAUCAUCAGACUCGGACAGCACAAGCAGCGAAGAUAGUUUUACUAUACAAAAAAAUAGAAUAGAAAAAAUGGAAAAUGAAGAGGAUAAGAUCAGCAUUGACCCACCUAAAACCAAAGAUGAACUUCUUUUCAAAGAUCUUCCUCCAGAGCCUGAAGUCAACCUAAUGCUUUCCAAUGAUGUGAACUUAGUCCACAUUGGUUCAGUGAUGAGUGUUGUAGAGUCUAUGGUUGUGGUGAAAUCCUUACCUGACACCCCUGCACUGGAUGUCGAUACUUUAUUAUUCCUGGAGAACAGAAAAUGUCUUGGCAAGGUGUUCGAGACAUUUGGCCCAGUAAGGAAUCCAUUUUACUCAGUCCGCUUCAAUACUCCAGAAGAUAUCACAAAGAUGGAUGUGAAGCAGGGAAUGAUGGUGUUCUUUGUCCCUGAGGAUCUUGACUUUACCAAGCUUGUGUUCAUCUCACAGCUGCAAAGGCUGAAGGGAUCUGAUGCAUCAUGGAAGUAUGACCAAGAACCACCUCAGGAGCUCAUUGAGUACUCAGAUGACGAGGAAGAAGCAAAAGCAAAGGCAGCCAAAAAACAAGAAAGGAGAUCAAACAAACCUCAAUUCAAAGGACAGACAGACACUAAAAACAUAGAUUCCAGAGAAAAUACUUUUCCAUCUCCAAAGAAGCCACCACAACAUAAAGAAUCUACAAGAAAUUGGCAAGGCAGAGGGAGAGGAAAGCCAUAUCCAAAUAAUGACCAACAACACCAGCCUCCUCCUAGACUGCCACACCCACCCCACAGAGGCCCCCCUCCAUCCUUUGGAGGGCUACCACCUCAUUUUAUGCCACAUCCUCCUCCUUUCUUUCCAGGCUCAUUUACCCAUGGUAUGAGGCCACCACCAUCUUAUCUUCAUGCACCCUUCAGUUGUCCACCUCCCCUGCCUCUUCCUCCUGAUAUGUACCAAGUACCUCCACCCCAAUGGAACCCUGGAAGACCCUCUUACGAAGCACCACCCCCUGCAUUUCCACCAUUUCAAAACCAACCACCCACUUCAAAGUAGGAGUGUUGUCAUAAAACCUUUUUUUCAGAAAUCCUGUAUUUCUUGAUAUUUUUGUUACCCUCUCAUCAAACCUUAGGACCAUUAACCCGUGAAAAAGUACAAGUUCUAAAUAGUAGUAUUAGAGGGAUUUUACUUGUCCCAUGAAACAAAGUUGUAUGAUAAGUGAUUAACAGUCAAAGUAAAGCAAAAGAAAACAAUGGAAUUAAUGCGAGGGGG